AUGAACUCCGUUCAUCAUCUCAAUUUGUUCGUCUUCUUUCGAUGCUCAUCUCUGAUUCGCUCAACUUCCACCGUGAAUUCGCAUUUGAUUCAACUUCAACAUUGCAACCUCACUCUCGUCCCUCUCAUUGAAGCAUUGGAACUUCAAUCGUCUGUCAUACGCGCUCGACUUCUUUGGCUUUGGAUUCACCGUUUUCUCCACGAAUUCGUUCCUUUAGGCAUCGUUGUAUCAAAUUUCAAAGCGAGCAAGAAGAAGUAUGAAAGAAAUUGCUACUUACUGAACGGAGCAACUCUGGUGGUUCUUCUGCAAGGGCAUAAUCAGAUAGGAAAGAGAUUUUACGAUGAGUCUUGA